AUGUUCCGUACUAAUUCAGCUCACGAGCUCAUUGUGAAUCGGGUUUUGAAAUCGGUACAGAUAACCGUAUAUCGUUCCGUUCUCGUACGUUACAGCGAUGCUGGCUUGAGGCGUAAAUUCCAACUGGCUCUAGAAGAUCUCAGAGUUCAUGGACCACCCGGUGUUUCCCGAUUUCCCGGACCCAGUCACGUUCGACCUCAAUGGAUCUGUGAUGUCUGGUUACGUCAACAUAUCGGCUUAUCGCAACUGGCUCCGCUGUUCGCAGUGCGUCGCAUUGACGGCCGACUACUUGCCAGUUUGGCUAUUUACAAACGAACAGGAAGAACAAAUCCUGCAUCUGCACUGACCAAUAGAAAUAGCCGAACCCAACUGACGAUAUCCAGCCCGACUGAACUGAUUGUGCAUCCAAACCCGGGUAGCUCUCUACCCGGUACUCCUUUACCCCUGAACGGACCACGUAUGCAGUCCGGGGAGAAUAAGACCGCCUCAGAUCGAAGCAGUGGUGUGGCGUGGCGUGGGGCUAGUCGAAAGGAAUUCCACCGGAUUCUGCUCGGGCUCAGUCGAGAUAACUCAGCCGUGAAUAGAAAGGGAAGCAUGCAGUCUACGGGCAGGGAUCGAGCUGUUGCGGCAGUAUAA